AUGAAACGUUCUAUUAUCAUUCUCUUGGUGGGCUUAACCGCUCAAGCCUUUGCUGGUUUCCUGGGUGGCGGCGGCGGUGGUGGCUGGUCAGGAGGUGGUGGUGGUUCCAGUGGCUGGUCUAAGUCUGGCGGUGGAGGCGGUUGGUCAGGAUCAGGAUCCACUGGCGGAUGGUCUGGUGGUGGCGGUAGCAGCGGUGGAGGAUGGUCUGGUGGUGGCGGUAGCAGUGGUGGAGGAUGGUCUGGUGGUGGCGGUAGCGGAGGUGGCACCAAAAUCAUUAAAAUUAUAAGUCUUGGUGGGGGAAGUAGCGGUGGUGGAGGCGGUUGGCCUUCAGGAGGUAGCAGUGGCUGGUCUUCAGGCGGCGGAGGUGGUGGCUGGAAAUCUGGCGGUGGAGGUGGUGGCUGGUCUCUAGGUGGUGGUGGUGGCAGUAGUGGUUGGCCUUCAGGUGGCAGCAGUGGCUGGUCUUCUGGAGGCAGUGGUGGUGGCUGGAAAUCUGGCGGUGGUGGAGGAUGGUCCGGUGGCAACAGCGGCUGGUCUUCUGGUGGCAGUGGUGGUGGCUGGAAAUCCGGUGGAGGUGGUGGUGGCGGCUGGAAAUGGUAGACAUUCGACCAAUGUGAAUACAAAUUUGCAUGCAGUGAUAUCAUCUCAAUCAAACAAAAUAUAAAUAUGUAAAUAAAGUUGUGUAUAAAAUUAUGCGUUUACAACAGACAGACAAACAAAAAAAUAUUAUAAAAAAAUCUUGUUAAUAAUUAAAAUGGUGCUAAAUCUAAUGUGUAUGUAUGUGUAAAUAAACAAAUGAAAAAAUAGAAAUAAGCAAAAAAUAUUAAUAAAUAAUUUUUCACUAAAAACAAAAUAAAAAACAAA